UAGGUACAGUGCAAGACUUCAAAUAGGCAACAGGUAUUUGUACCACUGACAUUAACCAAACAUUGUUCAUUAGCAUGGCAAGCAAGCAAUAUCAGUAUAACAUAAAACACAAUUUUGACUUUAAACCAUAGUAGCAACCAGUAAAAAAAAACACUACAAAAAACUGCUUGUCAGCAAGUUGCUUAUAAUUAAAAUAUAAACAAGAAUGAUCUGCAACCAUGACAACUAGUGUAAUUGACAAUAUCACUAUGGCAACCAAUGAAACCAUCAUAAACAGUACAACUGCUAUACCAGGUGAUAUGACAGAAGACACCAAUAGAAUAACUCAUAACGUUCAUGAGAUGAAUAUUGAAAUGCUGAAGCCCAUUCUGUCGCCUGAGGAACUCUCUGUACACAUGGUAAUAGAGAUCAUUCUGAUGGUGCUUAUAUGUACAGGCAACAUACCAGUUCUGAUGAGCAUGUAUAUCUACAAGUGUCUGCACAGUGUCACUAACAUGUUCCUUGUUAGUUUGGCCAUAGCUGACUUGAUGAUGGGACUGUUCGGCUGCCCUCUUGAUAUCCUCAUCCUCUAUGUCAUGCCAUUGACAUAUGGACAUCACAUCCAGGACAAAUGGCUAUGUGCAGCAAGGCUAUUUAGUCAUGACUUAUCCGUAGGGGCAUCUGUAUUCAGCAUGGUUGGGAUAGCUAUAGAUCGUUUCAUUGCUGUCAAGUAUCCACUAAGAUACUGUGACUUGGUGACACAUAAGCGCGCUGGAAUCUACAUUUGCAUCAUAUGGGUGUACUGCAUAAUCGUAUCAUCGGGCAACUUCGUCGGCGACAUUAUCAAGUUUGGACCAGGGGAUAUCUGCCGAUCAAACAUGGUGAUGGAUCCGAAAUUUGCUCUUUUUCUGAAAUGUAACCUAGGGGCAUCUUUCUUGGUCAGUACUAUUGCUCACAUUGUGGUUGCCAUGUUCGCUACACACCAAAGGGCAAGGGUGGCUUCAGAAUUAGCCGCGUUUAACAACAACCUAGCUGUGGCGUACAAGAAACAGAAUCGCAUAACAAAAACAAUGUCUUUGAUCGUGGGGAUGUUCAUCCUGUGUUGGUUACCCUGGGUCUUACUCUCAUUGGUGAAAUUCAAGAGGCCGGAGCCAAAAUGGUACAAACAUUUGUUUUAUUUCACAGUUGAGAUUUCAAUUGCAAAUAGCUUGAUCAACCCCUGGAUUUAUGCUUUUCAACUGAAGUUAUGGAAAAAAGCUAUGAGAAAUGUGCUCUUUUGCAGAUACCAGGCUCAGAUAUCCGAUGAUUAAUUUGUUCAUUUAGUCAGAAAUGUCAUGAUUUUCAUGUAGAAACACCUGAUACUUGGGAAUAUUAUAUCAUAACUAUGUCAUCCAAGAAUAUCAAGCAUACUAUGCUUCUAUAGGCAGGUAUUAUUGUAACUCACUGACAUUAGUAAAUGUUCACUUUGAAGCAAAAUGACAAAAGUAAAUGGUCACAUUAGUGCACUGCCAUAAGUAAAUGGUCACAUUAUAGUGAACU